AUGUCGUCCAGGCACUUUAUCGACGACGCCACGCACCUCGUCAACACGGCGCUGCACAGCCUCACCCUGACCAACCCGCAUGUCGCCCUCGACGCCGAGCACAAGAUCGUCUACCGCCGCGCCUCCUCCUACGCCGCCCCCCAAGUCGCGCUGCUCUCCGGCGGCGGCUCCGGCCACGAGCCCUCCUUCGCCGGCAUGGUGGGGCCCGGCAUGCUCUCCGCCGCCGUCGCCGGCACCGUCUUCGCGAGCCCGUCCGCCGAGCAGGUGCGUCGCGCCAUCCUCACCCUCACCCGCCAGGACGCGGCGGCCACCCGCGGCGUCCUGGUGGUGGUGAUGAACUACACGGGCGACGUGCUCAACUUUGGCAUGGCGGUGGAGAAGGCGCGCGCGGCGGGCGUCGACGCCGAGAUGGUCAUCGUCGGGGACGACGUGGGCGUCGGGCGCGCGCAGGCCGGCAAGGUCGGUCGGCGCGGCAUCGCGGGCACGGUGCUGGUGCUCAAGAUCGCGGGCGCGAUGGCGGCGCGCGGCGCGGCCUGGGAGGAUGUGCUCGCGACGGCGCGGCGGGUGGCGGGCAACGUGGUCAGCGUCGGCGCCAGCCUGGAGCACGUCCACGUUCCCGGUCGCGCGGCGGACGAGGACGGCAGCGGCAGCGGCAUGGCGCGCGGGGAGGUCGAGAUCGGCAUGGGCAUCCACAACGAGGCGGGCUGCGAGAAGGCGCGGCUCGAGCUGCCGGCGCUCGUGGGCCGCAUGCUCGCGCAGUUGCUGGACACCAGCGAUAAGGACCGCGGAUUCCUGGUGGAGCCGCUCGGGCCGGGCGCGACGGUCGUGCUGCUGGUCAACAACCUCGGCGGCGUGAGCGUGCUGGAGAUGGGGGGCAUCACCGCCGAGGUGGUCGCGCAGCUGCGCGAGCGCUACGGCAUCCGGCCGGCGCGCGUGAUCGCGGGCACGUUCAUGACGAGCCUCAACGGCAUGGGCUUCAGCAUCUCGCUGCUCGACGUGAGGAGGGCCGGCGGCGCGAGCGUGCUGGAGCUGCUGGAUGCGCCGAGCGAGGUCACCGGCUGGUCGGCGCCGAUCAGCACGGCGACGUGGGAAGCAGCCGCGGCACGUGGAGAGGAGAGCGAUGAGCCUGCUGCAGCGGCGGCGGUGGUGCAGGAGGAGGAGAAGCCCAGCGGGCUCAAGCACGACGCGGCGGCGUCGCAGGCGGCGCUGACGGCGGCGCUCAAGAGUGUUAUCGCGGCGGAGCCGGACCUGACGAGGUACGACACCGUCGUCGGGGACGGCGACUGCGGGAUCGGCCUGAAGCGCGGCGCCGAGGCCGUCCUCAAGCACCUCGAGGAGCACCCGUUCACGGGUGACCUCGCCGUCGACGUCGCGCGCCUCGUGCCCGUCGUCGAGGGCACCAUGGACGGCACCUCGGGCGCGCUCUACGCCAUCUUCCUCAACGCGCUCGUCCACGCCCUGCGCGGGCAGCCGCCCGGCGAGGCCACGCCGCAGGUCUGGGUGCAGGCGUUUGAGGCGGGCUUCGGCGCGCUGUCGCAGUACACGCCGGCGCGGCAGGGCGACCGCACGCUGGUCGACGCGCUGUACCCGUUCAUGGGGGAGCUCAUGGCCUCGGGCGACGUCCGGCGGGCGGCGCGGGCGUCGCGCGCGGGGGCGGAGGCGACAAAGGGCAUGAAGGCGAGCCUGGGCCGGUCCGUGUACGUCGGCGGUAGCGGGUACGAGGAGGUGCCGGAUCCGGGCGCCUGGGGGCUCGCGUGCUUCUUCGAUGGCCUGGCGGGCAACUAG